CCGAUGUUCGCUUCSUCUGCACGGAGCUGGGGGCGGAGAAGCUCCUGUGGAGCAGCCGGUUCCUGGAGCUGCUGCGGGAGCAGCAAAGCCUGCGCCAACGGCUGCAGGAGCUGCCCUGGCAGUGGAACGGCGGCGACAGCCCCGAGCUGCCGGGGGAAGCAGAGGACCAAAGUGCCAGUGGGAGCGAGGGAGAGAGCCCWGAAGGACGCCGGUGGAUGGAGCCACCACGGCAACCACGUGGCUCCAUCCAGUUGGACAGGCAGAAAACGUGAGUGUGAGUGUGAGCAGGGCCUCAGCGAGCUGGGAAGGAUGCACAUUCCUCCCUGCCCAGGCCUUGCAGGACACAGGCCAGGUCAGUCCCAGCUGAACCCCUGUAUGUGCCUCCAUCCCUCGGUGCUGGCCRGGCCCAGCCCCAUCCAGCAGGACUGCAGCCCUUUCCCGGGGGCAGGAGCCAGCUGGGAGGAAGGUCAGGACGAGCUGCUGGCUCUGGGUCUGCCCCAGGACACAUCACAGCCCUCCCUGCCCAGAGCCACCCCUGGGCUGGCUGUGCUUUGUGGGGGCUGCCUCUGGAGCCCACCGAGGAGCAUCCCCAGCUUUGCUGCACCUUGGGAGGUUCCAGGAACAAGGAGUGUGGCCAGCACCRGCUUCAGUCACCUUGCACUGGGGUGAAGGAGUGCAAAACUCACGCGCUGACUUCCUCAUCGGCCACAUCCAUCCUCUCCAUCAGCUGCUCCCACAUGUCACAACCCUGGGCUAACUCCUUGUGCAGUGGUCAAGGGCAGCCGGCUCCUGGGAAUGGCAGAGGGGCCCUCAUYGUCCACAAGAGCUCAGCCCGGGAUGCUGAGCCUCAGGAGCUCCCCUGCAGGGCUGAGGGGCUGCCCCAUGCCUGGAUCUGGUCCAGCACCGGGGGCUGACCCUGCCCUGGGCUCCCACUGUUCAAUACA